AGUCUUAUAUUUAUUGUACUUUUUUCCAAAACAGUCUUCUUUACGCUUCUGUCCUAGACUGACGUGUAUCGAAAUGUAUAAAUUUGUUAUUUUGUGCUCUAUUUUUGUUGCUGCAUCCAAUGCAGAUGUUGCACAAACUCUAACUAAAAGAGAAACUAAAGCUUCUCUGAAACCACUAUCAGUAUGCUGCGAUAUUCCAGAAUUGGCUGAUGAAUUUCAAUUGGCGAAAUGUUCACCUAGACCGCCUGGACCGUGUGAAGAUGUCCAAUGCAUCUUCGAAGUGUCAGGCUUCUUGACAGACCGGAAUACAUUGAACAAGGCCGCAUAUAGAAGCCAUUUGCAGAAAUGGGAGAAGAAUCAUCCUGGCUGGACUGAUUCCAUUUACAAAGCUAUCACUGAUUGUGUGGACAAUGACCCUAGACAGCACCUCGAAGUUCCUUGUAAAGCCUAUGAUGUAUUUACUUGCACUGGUAUCGCUAUGUUGAAGAAAUGUCCGGACACAGCGUGGAAGUGCUAGAACUUAAUUUGAGACACUGAGUUACUAUUUUUCAUCAAGUUUUUAACCAUCACCAAGAUAAAAAUUAUUUUAUUUUAUAUGCAUCUAAUAAAAAUACCCUAUGCUCGUAUUAUUUGAUACUGUCAAAUUAUAUAUAGGCUUAAAUCUUAA